AUGACAACAUUACUUGCUGGAAAGGUCGCUGCCAUCACGGGUGCAGUGACAGGGAUUGGAAGAGCUAUCGCUCUCGAGUAUCUACGUCAGGGAGCCGCGGUCGCUGUCAACCAUUACCCGGAUCCGAAGUCAGACGAACAGUUCAAGAGUAUGAAGGAUGAGGCUGGCGCCGGUGCGAAGCUCAUUGCCAUACCCGGUGAUAUUGCAAAGCCCGAAACUGGGACGGAUUUCGUUUCCAAGACGGUAUCAGAGUUUGGCAGGUUAGAUGUGUUUGUGAGCAAUGCUGGUGUUUGCCAAUUUGCCGAGUUUUUGAGUCUGAGCCCUGAACUUCUCAAGUCGACUGUGUCUAUCAACCUUGAAGGUGCUUUCUUCGCCGUGCAAGCAGCAGCUCGUCAGAUGAAAGAGCAAUCGCCUCAAGGCGGCAGUAUCAUUGGUGUUUCAUCCAUCAGCGCUCUCGUUGGUGGUGCCGGUCAAACACACUACACACCUACCAAGGCAGGCAUUCUAUCCCUCAUGCAGAGCUGUGCCUGCGCUUUGGGUCCAUACAACAUCAGGUGCAAUGCUCUGUUACCGGGUACGAUCCGCACUCAGCUCAAUGACGAGGACUUGGCAGAUCCGAAGAAGAAGGAGUAUAUGGAGGGUCGCAUUCCGCUGCGCAGAUUAGGCCAACCUCAUGAUCUUGCUGGACCCGCAGUGUUCCUUGCUUCAAGUCUCUCAUCAUAUGUUACUGGCGCACAGAUAUUGGUAGACGGUGGAGCUUUCGUGAACUUUCAAUAA